AUGGCUCAGAGAGGAGUUGGAGGCGGAUUGGAAGUCCAUCACCUCAACAGGAUUUUCUUUGAACUUGGUGAUGGCGUGUCUGAUGAUGACCCUUUUAGGCACAGCCAAUACAGCUGCCCAUGUUGCUGGAAACAAUGGAAGACCUGUGACGAGUGCUGCUUCGGCUUCCCAAUCGACCACGGCAUUUGGAUGGAGGACUGGACGGCACAUCUUGAAUAUGCCGCAGAUGCUGCGUGCCAAACAGCCGAGCAGCCCUUGGUCUGGAACUUGCUGGAGGCCCUUCGCUGUGGCACUGCAUUGCCCUUUGCCAUUUCGGAGGAGGCCUUGGUGCAUCUACUGGACAUCGCAAUACUCACUGGCAACAAAGAGGCAGCUGUGCUUUGUGCGGAGCGAUCGAGUCUCAGGCCCCUGCGACGGUGGAGUUUUUACGGUAUGUUCAAUACACAUAGAUGGGACAAUUCCUGGUACCCGUUGACUCGGGAAUCUGACACUGAAUUUGAGAGAGUCCUCGUCCGUCCGGAGCCCGCGGUGACCCUGGAGCCUGCGGUCUGUGAGAUGCUUCUCGCAGCCCUCUCAACCGGUGUGGCGCUUCAGAGCCUCCACACAAGCUUGGGGAUGGCCCCAGCAAUUCUGAUUCCAUUCCGGGUGGCGUUAGUUUUGUGCCGUGUUCCCUGUGGCUUUGCAGAUCUGGUGCCAAGUCUAACUCCGGUACCAUCACAAGAGAACGGCCGAACGGCAGAUUCUUCCUGGUAG